AGUACUACACUAAGGGCUUCCCGGGUAGCGGAGCAUGGUUCAGUCUACAGUAGUAUCUGGACCGGACCGAGGCGGGCAGGAAGCACACUGACGAGGCGGAGGCGAUGGAGGACAAAGAGGAGAAGAAGAAAGAUAAAAAAAACUCCUCCAAGGGCGACGGAGUCACUCUGAAGAAAGAAAUUGGACUUUUAAGCGCUUGUGCUAUUAUCAUUGGAAACAUCAUCGGCUCUGGGAUUUUCAUCUCGCCGAAAGGAGUGUUGGAACAUGCCGGGUCAGUGGGGCUGUCGCUCAUCGUCUGGGUUUGUGGAGGAGGGAUCUGUGCCCUUGGGUCCAUGUGCUAUGCUGAGCUGGGUGUCACCAUCCCAAAGUCUGGAGGAGACUAUUCAUACGUGACAGAAAUCUUUGGCGGGCUGGUGGGCUUCCUGUUAUUAUGGAGUGCUGUCCUCAUCAUGUACCCGACCACACUGGCUGUCAUCGCGCUCACCUUCGCCAACUACGUCUUGCAGCCGGCCUUCCCGAACUGCUUGCCUCCGUUCAUCGCCACCAGACUACUCGCCACCAUCUGUAUCUUGUUCUUGACCUGGGUCAACUGUUCCAGUGUGCGCUGGGCAACGAGGAUACAAGAUGUUUUCACUGUAGGAAAACUCCUCGCUUUGGUCCUGAUCAUAGUGGUCGGACUCGUCCAAAUCUGUAGAGGUCACUACGACGCCCUGCGGCCCAGCACGGCCUUUGAGUUCAGUCAGGACCCCUCAGUGGGACAGAUCGCGCUGGCCUUCCUGCAGGCCUCUUUCGCCUACAGCGGAUGGAACUUCCUCAACUACGUGACAGAGGAGAUCGUGGAGCCAAGGAAGAACCUUCCCCGUGCCAUCUACAUUUCCAUCCCACUGGUGACCCUUGUCUACACCAUGACCAACAUCGCCUACUUCUCCUCCAUGACUCCUGAGGAGCUGCUCGCCUCCAACGCAGUGGCUGUGACAUUCGGGGAAAAGCUGCUGGGGAUGUUUUCCUGGGUGAUGCCCAUCUCUGUAGCUCUCUCCACUUUUGGAGGAAUCAACGGAUAUCUGUUCACUUCCUCCAGAUUAUGUUUCUCUGGGGCAAGAGAGGGUCACCUGCCCUACCUGCUGGCCAUGAUACACCUAAAAAACUGCACUCCAAUCCCAGCCCUGCUGGUCUGCUGCUUUGCCACCAUCAUCAUCCUGUGCAUCGGAGAGACACACAACCUGAUCAACUAUGUGUCAUUUAUCAACUAUUUGUCAUAUGGGGUAACCAUUGCCAGCCUCCUCUACCUCCGCAAGAAGAGACCGAACCUUGCCAGACCCAUCAAGGUAAACCUGUUGAUCCCCAUCGCCUACAUGGUAUUUUGGGCAGUGCUGCUGGGCUUCAGUUUGUAUUCUGAACCAGUGGUUUGUGGCCUGGGAAUGGUCAUCAUGCUGACUGGAGUCCCGGUAUACUUUGCGGGUGUUUGGUGGAAGGACAAACCCAAAUGGGUCUACAGGAUAGUCGAAAAAGUCACAUACGUCGGCCAGAAGGUGUGUUAUGUGGUGUUUCCUCAGCAAGACCCUUCAGAGAUGGAACCCCUCACUGCCUCCAAAGCCACUGAUUGAUCAGUGCAGCCAACCAGGACUUCCACUUUUACAUCAACAUCUGUACUUCCAGUUUUUUGUGUCAUAGAGUUUCACAUUGUUUGGUCAGUUUUUGAACGGUUGAGGGAUGGUUUUCGUCCGUGCUCCUGCACAGUGCAAAAGAAAAAGAUGGUUAUACUUGGGGGCAUUAGUUUGUUACGCCCUAAAACUGCGCCAUGUGUUUUUAUUUUAUUUGUUGGUUUGAUCGUACCUUCUUUUCAUUGUCUUUAUCUGUGUGCCAACGUUUUCUUUCCAUCUUUAUCUUGUGUUCUGCUCACUCAAGGAACCUGUCUUGUGCUCUAUUUCCAAGAUGUGCUUCUUUUAUAAUUGAACUAAAUCCUUGACCUAAUGUGCCUUAUGAGAUGUAUAUGUUGGUUUAGUGUAUUGGUUUGUGCGGGUAUUUUGAUGGUGUAAUAACUUGUAUGAGGUCAAUAUGCAAGCAGACUCUGCAAUUAGCAAUACUUGUCUAUUACUGCUGCUGCUUUCAGCUCUGUUUCAUUAACCUGAUGUUUACCGUUGAGGAUGAAUAUCUCUGUGCAUCUCUGCCUGGCUACAGUAUCUGUUCUUUCUUUCGGGUUUGCAGCCCCUGCUCUAUUUGUCCUUUUGAUUGCUCUAUCACCACUCUCUCCAAUGAGAAACUGUAGGUGCCUUCCUGUCACCCUUACAGGGAUUAUCUACAGAACAGCAGCAAUACCAGCAUUAUGCACAGCACAGGAGACACAAGACGAUGACGGGAAGUUUGUGGCUGUUUGGAAUCGGCUGACAUUCUCAGAAAUAUAUAAGCUGCAUGAUUAUGACACGUUGACCGAAGGUUCUUCAGGUUUUAUAUGUUCACCCGUCUCUCUGUCAUUGAUUUGAGAUUUGGGUAUGUUCUCAUCUUUGGGAGUGACACUGUGAACUCUUUCAAGGUGCUUGCAUCCUAAGACAGUCACUAGAUUUCUCACCUGAUGUCAUGCUAGGGAAAAUAUCAUUGCCGGUUUGAUUGAUAAUAUCUACAGAAUCCACAUUGAUACAUAGAAGGAUGGCUGGCUGUGGGCCGGCUGUGGCACUUGUGCUUCAGCCUUCUGUCUUUCUAAAGACAAAAAUCCACUACGAUUACCCACAAUGGCCAACCGACUUAUUCAACUGACGACUUUUAAAAUAUUGACAUCAUAUAGUUGAACUAAGAAUAGUCCAAUUGACACACUGUGGACUUUCUGUGCUCUAAGAUAUCAGCUCAGUUCUGUCAGCAUCUGAAUGUUCCCAAAUUAUAAUAGUUCAAAAGAUGUCUUCACAGAAGUUGUGGUACUAUUACCUUAACACAGUAUGUUUAAUAACUGUGGUCAAGAGACUUCAAUGUUUACAUGUAUUUGGGAAAUUUCUCUUAUCGCACUUGUCUGAGCUGUUUAUGUUGUAAGAGAACAUAUGAAGGUGUCGGCCAGAGGCCUUUUUAACGUGAUGAAAAACCAGCAUGUUGAAGCUCCCAUUCAUCAUUUUGUCCUGCAGGCCAGCAGAUACUGGGAAUUUCCAACAUGAUCAUAUCCACGAAAGGAAACGCACACUUCCAACAGUAUAUAUGACUAUCUGCCAUGUCCAGGAGCUGUUAGCUCAGUUGAAAUCUGUAAAUACUAUGUAAACUGUUACAGGUGCACCAGACUCCUACAAAGACCACAUUCCUCAGACAUGUUACAUACUGUACAAUUGAUGGGUGUACCUCUGUUUUGUAAAAGAGUGUCAAGAUGUAAAUUCAUAACAAUGUAAUUGCUUAUUAAAUAUAGCAACUUUAAAAGAA